AUGUUUGAAUUAAAUACGCCCAAAUUAAUUGUCAUAAAGCGGGAAUCCUGUCAAAUUGCACAACCAAGAAUUAGCAGUCAAACGAGCAAAGGAACGUGCAGCAAAGCGUCCUGCAAAACUGCAUCCGAAACUGCAGCCGAAAAUGCAACCGAAACAGCACCGGAAAUUGAAGCCGAAACUGAACCCGAAAAUGCAUCGGAAGCCGCAAAAUAUCCAAUUUCGAAAACACAUUCUUCUGAAGCGGGACCAACGAUUACGGCGGAUUUACCAGGAUGGACACUCGUGUACAGUGUUCCACAAAUUUUUACGAAAGACGUGGAUGCUAUAAAUGAUAUAAAUUCCGAGUUAAUGUGGCAACAGCUUCUUGUCGCUAUACCCGGCAUCACUUUCGCGUACACUGCGCCAAGAAUAAUUCGGAAAUUUCAAGAGGAACCACAAAUUUCAGAAGAAGUGGAAGAAAAGAUAAAGGAAAGAGAAAAAUGCUUCUGCAGGAUUCCGGAUAUUAGAGACUUUUUAGCAGAAUUAAAUCUAGAACAUCGUUGCGAAAGCAAUAUCUUUUGAAGAACGCUCAAAUAUUGUAGAGUCUAAGACUCUUCUUCAAUCUUCUUCUACUGCAAAUCAGACCACAGAAUUUCUGUGGUCUGAUUUGAAAACAAUUCACCCAGAUGCAUUUUAUAGCACAA